AUGCACUCACCUGUUGCAAGUCCUCAACAUUCUGUCUCCACUGAACAAGAGACCAAGCCAUCUGCCCAAGAUUAUGAAUCUACUCUAUCUCUUGAUGUCCUUGCCACCAAGUUAAAUGGCAAGUGUAAAUCCAUAAAAGUAAGCCCUAAGCAGACCAAGAAGACCAAAGUCACUAAGGCGAAAGGUACUAGUUCCAUUUUUUAUUCCACUCCUUUGUACAAAUUCAAAAAGAAGGCCAAAAUCAAUCCUCUUGCGUGCACUUCCUCGAAGGAUGUAUCUCCAGACAACAAAGAAUCUCUGCCUGAUCCAGAACCAUCUCAGUCUGAAUCAAUUCAGGAAGAACCUCAAGAAGAUGCUCCUCUUGAAGAAUUUGAGGAAGAGACAGAAUUUAAAGAAGACCCAUCAGAAGUCACUACUGUUGCAUCUGAUCCUAAAGGAAAAUAA